AUGAUCGGGCCAACUCCUAAAGAUCAGCAGGUAGCCGACUUUGUGAAAAACUACAGACGUGACCGCCCAAAGCACUCCAUGCAGCCCAUGAUCGACCUUUGCAAUGCGCAUUUGUAUAAUAAUUUGGAGACUAUCAGAUAUGGAGAUGGUGAUUUUGUGUGA